UCUAUUACGGAUGAAUAAGCAACAGCACCUGUCAAGGUAAGGUGGUUACCGAGGUGCGCCUAAUGCUUAGAAGAUUCUCGAUGAGGCUUACGUCGACGUCGUCGUCGCCGUCGUCGCCGGAGCCGUCGCCGUCGUCGUCGUCGCCGUUGUUUCCGCCGUCGCUGAUAUUGUUAUCGCUACACCUACCAUCUUCACCGCCGCUGUUAUCGUCUUCGUCGUCGCCGUUACUGCUAUCAACUCAACUGUCAUCGACGCCGUCACCGUUGUCAUCGUCCCGUUCUCCAUUGCUACUGUCAUCGACGUUGUUGUCGUUACAGCAGCCGUUAUUAUCGUUAUUUUCAUCGUGGUUAGCAACGUGCCCAUGCUUGUUAUUGUUGUCACUAGCAUAACUAGUCUGCAUUGCUUGCUAUUGUACUAGUACGCCUGUACUAGGAGAUAAUAUUAUUUCUGCACGAGUUGGCUUGUAAUAUCUCUCAGGCAGUAUGGCAAGUACAAAGACAACAGGCAGUGUCCUGCAAUUUAGGCCUGUUGAGGUGUCUCAGCGGUUACAAAAUGGAGAUAAAUUUCUCAAAUGGGACGAGGACUCUGGUAUAGCGACUCUUGUGAAUUUAAAGGUAGACAAAUUUGGAUUUUAUCUACAUUGGAUAGAUCAGAACAAUGAGAUGGACAUGUUGGAUAUCGCUAUAAUAAGAGAUACCCGCACUGGAAAAUAUGCUAAAGUACCAAAGGAUUCUAAAUUGAAAUCUUUUAUGACAAUGGGGUCUCAAGAUUCGAUAGAGGAUAGGACAAUGACAAUUUGUUAUGGAUCUGAUUUUGUCAACAUGAAUUUUAUUAACUUUUGUACAACACAUGCAGAAAUAGCACAACAUUGGACAGAGCAAAUCUUUCAGCUUGCAUAUAAUUUAACUUUACUCAACACUAGUACGACUAUGUUUUUGCAGAAAGCACAUACCAAGCUUACACUUACAGCCGAUAAAUCAGGAAAAAUUCCUGUGAAGAACAUAGUAAGAAUGUUUGCACAAAAUAAAGAUGACCGUAAGCGUGUUGAAAAAGCACUCGAUAUAUCGGGUUUUCCAUCGGGAAAAAAUGACGUGAUAUCGUUACAAAAAUUUCAAUUCGAAGAUUUCUUCAACUUUUAUAAGUCUCUUACUCAGCGAUCGGACGUUGAAAAAGUUUUUGAGAACAUCGUAGGCAAUAAUAAACGUAGAGUAAUGUCCGUUACUCAAUUUGUUGACUUUUUGAACAAAACACAAAGAGAUCCGCGUUUGAAUGAAAUAUUAUAUCCAUAUGCAAAUGCGGCGAGAGCAAAAGACAUUAUAAGUCAAUAUGAACCAAAUAAAUGUAAUGCCAAUCGGGACCAGUUAAGUUUCGAUGGAUUCUUGAGGUAUCUGAUGAGCGAGGAUAAUCCAAUCGUUGCUGUAUCGAAACUUGAAUUGUCGGAUGAUAUGGAACAACCGCUUGCGCAUUACUUUAUAAAUUCUAGUCACAAUACAUACUUAACAGGACAUCAACUUACCGGGAAAAGUUCCGUAGAAAUAUAUCGUCAAUGUUUGCUUGCUGGUUGUCGAUGCGUGGAAUUGGACUUCUGGAAUGGAAAAUUUGAUGAACCUGUCAUUGUCCAUGGAUAUACAUUUGUACCUGAAAUUUAUGCACGAGAUGUGAUUGAAGCAAUUGCUGAAAGUGCUUUCAAAACUUCAGAAUAUCCUGUUAUUCUUAGCUUUGAAAAUCAUUGUAAUCCAAGGCAGCAAGCUAAGAUAGCUCAGUAUUGUAGAGAAUUAUUUGGAGAAAUGUUGCUUGAUGCUCCUCUUGAAUCUCACAAGUUGGAACCCGGUCAAGAAUUGCCACCUCCAUCUCUAUUGAAACGUAAGAUUAUAAUAAAAAAUAAGAAAAAGCAUCAUCAUCAUCAUAAAAAACAUAAGAAGAAGCAGCAGACACCAGUAACGGAGUUUGAAGAAGGAGCUCAAGAGAACGAGGAUAGUGAGACAACAAAUCAGACUGCUGAUGGAGAAAAUGGUCCACCACCGGAUAUUGUUCCUCAAGCUGAUGCAGGUGAUAACGAUCAGCAGAUAGGGAACGGAGAUAUUUCGCAUCCUCCGAUGUUGCAGCAAAGACAAGGCAGCAAAGAUAGUGCUCAAGACGAAGAUGACGAAGAAGAAGAAUCGAGUACAGAAGAGGAUGAAUCAAACGUGGAAGAUAUUAAGUUAAGGAUGGAGGACAAAGUGCCUGCACCUGACAAAGUGGCGUCUAGCGCUAAAGAAACGGAAGCCGGAGCAGAAAUUUCAGCCUUAGUUAAUUAUGUACAACCUGUUCAUUUUAAUAGUUUCGAAUCAGCUGAGAAAAAAAACCGUAUGUACGAAAUGUCGUCAUUCGAUGAAAAACAAGCUACAACUUUAUUAAAGGAACGACCACUUGAAUUUGUGAAUUAUAAUAAGCAUCAACUAUCAAGAGUAUAUCCAGCAGGCACGCGUUUUGACUCUAGUAAUUUUAUGCCUCAAGUAUUUUGGAAUGCUGGUUGUCAAUUAGUUGCAUUAAACUAUCAAACGCUUGAUCUAGCAAUGCAAUUGAAUCUAGGUAUCUUUGAAUACAAUCAACGUUGUGGUUAUCUUUUGAAACCGGAAUUCAUGAGGCGAAAGGAUCGUCGAUUAGACCCUUUUGCAGAAUCAACCGUGGAUGGUAUUAUAGCGGGAACAGUUCACAUACAUGUAAUAUCGGCUCAGUUUUUAACAGAUAAAAGAGUGGGUACUUACGUUGAAGUAGAUAUGUAUGGUUUACCUGCAGACACAGUAAGAAAGAAAUUUCGUACGAAAAUUGUUCCAAAUAAUGGAAUCAACCCUGUAUAUGAUGAAGAACCUUUUAUCUUCAAAAAGGUGGUGUUACCUGAACUUGCCUCGAUUAGAAUUGCAGCAUAUGAGGAGUCAGGCCGUUUAAUAGGUCACAGGGUAUUGCCUGUAGUUGGAUUAUGUCCUGGAUAUCGACACGUUGCUCUCAGAACCGAAUGCGGGCAACCAUUGCCUUUAGCAAGUUUAUUUCUACACGUUAUCGUGAAAGAUUAUGUUCCGGAUGGACUGAGCGAGCUUGCAGAGGCUUUGGCAAAUCCGAUUAAGUACCAAAGUGAAGUAGAGAAGAGGGAAAAGCAAUUGUCAGUUCUUACAGACUGCUUGGAAGCUCCGUCCGAGGAAGUUGAUGAUAAACCGAAAGUUGGUGAAGGAGCAAGUUCUUCUAAGCCAGCUGAGGAAAGUGUUAAAACGAAAAGACUACAAUCUGUGGGCGAACUACCGACACCUGUUCCAACGACUGGCAGUGUUCAUGGUAGGCCAUCUAUUGCUGCUACAAACACAUCUGAUACGUUAGAGGCUGAAGAAGGAAUUCCUGCUCCUCCGGUUCAAGUUGUUGAAGCUUCCACGAACAAAAGUCCAAUUAAUGUCAGCGGCAUGAGCGAUGAAAUAGUAGCUGAAUCCUUAGAAAAAUUAAUGGAGAAUAAAUUAGUUAGAGAAAAGAAAAUGGAGUUGGAGAAAAAGCUUGAAUCGUUACGAAAGAAACAUGAAAAAGAAAAAUUAAGAGUGCAGUCGCAAAAGGGAUCCGUGGACGGUGAAAAGCACAAAUCGAAAUUUUAUGUUAGCCAUAAAUUAGUAAAACGGUUAUCAAGCAGAAACAUCUUUUCUAGCGAAGUAGGAUUGAGUUCAUUGGCUGAGACGUCAGAGUGUACGGAUUUAGAAAAUCGUGAAGGAAAUGGUGGAGCUCCAAAAGGAUUACCCAGAAGUCAGAGUGAACGUUUUCUGGCUGUGUGCAAAGCUCACGUUCAACAGGAACGCGAACUUCAAGAAAAGUAUUACGAAAGUCUAUUUACGACCGUAGAGAAAGUAAUGAAAAACUCUCAGUCUAACCAAUUGAAAACAUUGAGAGUAUUACUAGAACGAGAAACUGCCGAUGUUAUGAGAAAACUCCAAGCUACAAGGCACGGAGAGGUAAAACAGUUAGCAAAGGUACAUAAAGAUAAAGCGGAACUGGAUCGUAUGAAGAGGGAAGUAGCGAAGUCGACUGUCGAGAAGGGUGUGAACGAGUGUACUCGAUUAACGAAGAUUUAUGAGAAAAGAAGGGCAGAGUUGGAACGGCAACACGAAGAAGUUCGACAAAGACUCGAAGAAGAAAGGGCUAAAGUAAAAGCUACACUAAUGGCGGAGUACAGUAGUCGUUGUAGUAAAUUUGAAAGCGGAGAGCUGCCAUUAUCUCCAUCUGGCGGAACUAGUAUGCCGGAAUCACUUAGUGGGAAUAUGUAUUGACUGAAACGAUGGAUGGUAUCUUGAUUUUAACUUGACACGGUUUGGAAAAAUUUGCAAACCUAUGGUAGUUUUGCCGAAAGUUUAAUCCGGUUCGGGACGACAGCAACAACCGGUUUUACUUCUACGAAAGAUAAGAUUGGUAGCGUAUACUGUAACGAUAACGAUAGAGAAUUCGUGAGAUCUACGCAGUUACCUGUGUUUUGCUAAAAUAAUUUUAUCCACUUCCGAAAAAGUCUUUUUUGCAAAGUGUACAGCAUUUACCAGAGAACGUAUGAUUUAGACAACAGUGUGAAAUUUUAAACUAAUUCUUCGGGGAUGGUUCGAUUACGCAAAUCUCGCGUACAAGAAAUUUUUGUUUCUUCAACGUUCACGAUUUAAUCAUGUACAUGCCAGCACGAAAGGUUCGUUGUUGAUUAACUUGUCAAGAGGCGAUUUUCCAUUUUGUUCCAUUGAAAAAUUUUUGCUUUGUUUUUAUUUUUCGAAAGAUCAGCAACGAGCGUCGAUCGAUCCUCUGAUCGACGCCAUUUUGAUCUCAGCGCAAAUAAGUAUCAUUGACCGUUGUGUUCGACGAGAUAAAGAAGCGAAUUCUAUGUUUCCUUCGAUUCGAUAUUACUUACGCACAGUAUUAAACGCACUGUUUCUCAUUAUACUCGAGAACAUCGCCGCCCAAUGUCGGGACUUUCUUCCAUUUUUCGAAUCGACGAAACUUCUGGGAAUGUAACGAAAGCAAAGAACGAGAUCACGUAGAAGAGGUACAUGAUUCUAAAUAAGGAAUAACGUUUCUAAGUGCUACUAUUUAAUCUUGUUAUUAUAUGUAUAAGGCGUUAUUUAAUUAGAAAAGAUCGAUGCUAAGUCGCGUUCCGGAAAUAUCGAAUCGCUCGAUCGUCAAAAUGGUCGUCGACGAUUUAGCGAAAGGGAAAAAAUGAAAAAAUGUACACAAACGAGGAUGGAAUCUCUUUGGCCUAGCGGUGUAAGGGACGCGGCGAGGUUUUAAGAUUCGGAUGGGCGUCUGCGUGAUUUGAUAUAUUUUUGACUGAAAGUAUUCCGUAUAAAGACAAUUUUUUGGGUAGCCCAUAUUCUGAACGCUAAAAGAACAUGAUCGGUAUUGUAUAAUGAAAGUCAACCAAAAAAAUUUCAAAAAAAAGAAAGAGAAUCGAAGAAGAGAAGAGGCGAGUAAAUAUUAGAAAAAAGGGAACGUUUCCAGCGUUUUUGUACCGUGCGAUUUCACACUGCGGCCGUUUCGUGGCUAAAGGCGAGGAUAUAAAAAAACGAUUUGGGGCGAACCUCUUUUAGGAAGACAAUCAAAAAUGUUACGUUGUAACAUUGUCCUUGUUGUUUCUAAUCGUACGAUAUUUUAAGUAAUUCGAUAUUAUGCGCAUAUAUUAUGUAUAGAUAUAUAUAUAUAAAUAUAUAUAUAUAUAUACACGUAUACAUAUUCAUAUAAUUCUUAAUAGCUAUUACAAAAUUUAGGAUUAAAAGUUACGCGCGUUCACGCAUUGUAAAUUUCUCGUGUGAUCCAUCCUGUUAUUUAUCUCGUAUAUAAGAUCGCGAGCUUUUGCAAAAAAAGGAAGAAAAUUAUCACUAUUUAACACGCAACAAUAUGUAACAUGUGUAUAUAUGUAUACGUGCACGCACACGACAUACAUACAUUGGCGUUUAUGCGUUUCACCACACGCGCAAUUAGAGCGUGCUCGUUAUCGAUGCGAAAGAGAAAAGG